GCGCCAACACGCGCUUUCCUGUCUGCCGCACGUCCAUUAAUGGGCCGCGCCUUCAUAGCAAUACAGUUCGGCACGAUAACAAACAGGCCCAUGACAUGGCUGUCGCAACACCCUUCCGGCCCAUUUAUAGUUGGGCCGUUGGUCGCUCAACUCAAUCCCCUUCCGGCCCAAAGCAUUGCCCCCGUCCCCUCGGAGAGAUUUGCACUUGCUUCCUUCCUUCCUUCCUCCAAAUCUCCAAUUCCCCAUUCGCGAUUCAGAAGAAGAGUUCUCCUAGUUCCAGCUUCCAAGUCAAGGGCAAGGCGAGCAGCCAGCCAUCCCGCGAAGGCGACUCGAUCCGGCGACAUGGUUUGCCUCGCGUGCUUGCUUCCCCUCUUCUUGAUCCCCGUCGUCAACGCCCUCCCCUUGCUCUUCCACCUCAUCCUCAGCAAGAUUUAUCGACUAUUUGGAUGGGAAUACAGGAGGCCUGAAAGAGCCCCGCCUGCUUGCCCGUUUAAGCCUGCGGCAAAGAACAAUGAAGGUGCAAGUGAAUCAAAACCUCUAGUUGAACCCCAAAGCGCUAGUACUACUACUACCACAGCAGAAGAUAAGAAAGAGGAUUAAUGUUGUCGAGCAGCGGCGAACGUUUCAAACAACAGUGUUAAUGUUUGUGACCGUAGCUAUUAAGAAAUAAUUGUUAUAUGAAUGAAUAUACUCCCCACAUAUGUUUGGGCAGUGAUUGUUGAUUCCCCCUUCCAUCAUGUACCAAAACGUUGGUGGUAGUGGGCACACUGCUAACUGCAUGCUAGCAAUCGUAAACUGCUACACCUUUCCAUUACUCUGAUGCUGUGAAUGCUCAAAAGAACAUGGUCUGAUUGCACAAUUGAAAUACUGCUUA